UCACGGGGGAUUUAUACUUAUGUGUAGGGACGUCGUAACCAGACGUGCACCAGCUUACUGGAAAUGUAACUACAGGUGGCGUCGAAAGUGCUGGCAGCUGCUGUGAUUGGCCUGUGGAUCCCUCCUAUGCAUUUCCGGCUACCUGUUCGCCGCAGUUUUUGAAUUUAUCACCGAGAAUAAUAAUAAUCAUCAACUCAGUAUAAAGACUCACAAACCUUGAAUUGGAUAAGUGGAAAAGGGAAGGGAGGAAAAGGGGUGGAUGGAGAUGUUAGGGAGAUAGUUUCGGCAAUCAGUAUGGAUGUGAUGAAAUAUACAAAGAAGUGGAAGGGGGCCGGGGGGUGGCGAGGGACAAACAAUUAGCCCCGGGGGGGACAAAAAAAGCAGCUGACCACUACAAAGAGUGGGGACCCAAGAGGGGGAAAGCCCCGGCAUUUUAUUUGUUUCCAUCGUGGCUGACACCGCAUAUAAAACACCGGGACAGACGAUAAGAAUUCGGCAGCUGAUCCGUGGGAUCCAGACGGGACUGGAGGAAAAACCAGAACAAGGAAAAGCAGUAAUUUCUGGAGUUUCUUAAGGAAAAAAUGACUAAACCUAAUUACUCCGGCACCUAUCAUAUGGUGGAGCAGGAGAAUAUGGACGCCUACCUGACAGGUUUAGAUGUUAAUGUUGCUUUGAGGAAGAUCGUGUGUAUGUUGAAGCCCACUAAAGAGAUCAUCCAUGACCCGGAGACAGGAGCCAUGAAAAUCAACACACUCACUACCUUCAAGAAUUUCAGCAUGGAUUUUAAUAUUGGAAAAGAAUUUACUGAGGACCUGAGGAUAGUGGAUGGCCGUACCUGUCAGACUACAGUAGAUUGGGAUGGAGACAAGCUGGUUUGUGUACAGCGAGGCGAGAAAGAGGGACGAGGCUGGACGCACUGGCUGGAGGGCGACAAGCUGCAUUUGGAAAUGAGAGUUCAAGGCGUCACAGCAAAGCAAGUCUUCAAGAAGGCUGAAUGAAGUCACUGAAAAAUGUUUUACAGUGAAUAGUCUCAUUUUAAAGGUAGCCGGUACGAGAGUCGUGUUUAUAGCAUUAUUUAUUAACAAUAUAUUUGAAGUACAACAGCAAACCUGAAUAUUUGUGGAAAAAAACAUUGUUCUGAGAGAAGAGAGUUGUAGAGCUUUUGUAUCUUAUAAAGAAGUGAUGCAUCUGUCAUGUUUAUUAUUUUAAAUGA